UAAUAAAUACACUAUACCGCCAUACGUACCCAUCUUUUUAACUCUUUUUAGCUCUGCUUCUAAGUUCUAACCCCUCAAACUCUCUUGUUCCUUUUCCAUAUUCCACACAAUCUCUGCAUAUAUUCACCAAUUCCUUUCAUACCCAUUUCCAAAAGGUUCCAAAAAAUAAUGGGUCACUCACGUUUAGUCGUGAUGCUUCUUGUUUCUUCUCUCCUCUUUCUCUCUUUUGGUUAUGGAUUCGGGAGGGUGGCACUGAUGGAGACUGUUGAGCAUAGACAUUCUACAACAGGACCAGUGGAACAUGCUGUAAGAAUGAGGAUGAUGUUUGAAACUAAGGAUUAUGCAGAACCAGAGCCAAAUACCAACCCCAAAAAUGGGAAUAUUUUCAGCCCUCCUUCACCAAUUGAAACUCCUCCUCCACGGGCUUAAAUGCAAGAACAAGAUUAGACUUUUACACUGCUUUGUGCCUUUCUGAUCGGUUUUUAUAAGUGGGGUGUGUAAUCACACUCAGCUUGAGUUAAGAUCCAUGAAGUUGGAAUUAUGUUAAUUGUAUUGCUGCUGGUUUAUUUUCUUUGGUUUUUCU